ACAAAUUUUGGUUUUCAUAUUUGCUUAAUACAUUUUUUUUUACCCCUAUUGGACUUGUUUUUUGUUUGUGUUGGUGGUCAGGUGUUACACUUAAUAUUAACCAGAGAGAUAUCAUGACACUAUUGAAGGGCACUGAGUGCCCAAAGGAAAAGAGGAAGGCUCGUGUCAGUCGGGUUCCCUAUAAGCCUUUGAAGACUUCCGUUAGGGGCCGUUGUGUUUUGUGCAUGCAUUGUGGCUGUCUAUUUCAUCCCUUCCGGGCAGUUUGUGCUUGACUCCGAGAUAAUCCAGGCAGGCACGACGGAUACACUACAGUUUUUUUUUCCCAGUAUUAGGUUUACCUUGCAAAAGAUAGAUUUGCUUUUUCUUUUUCAUUAAUAAAGAUUUGUAUUUUUCCUUGCUGACCUAGUUAUAAGUAAAUGAUUUACUCAGCUUGUUUACUGCUGUUUAGUGUUAAAAUUUAAAAAGUAGAAAGUUUAUUUGAUAUAUUUUGUAGGGUUCAGCAUAGAGGAACACUGGAGUAAUAAUCCCUUAUUUCACAUUCAGUAAUUAUGCCUUAGUGUUUUGUUAGACAAAGGACGAAGGAGGUGUCUUUUCAGGCUGAGUUUUGUGUAUCAAGUGUCUUAGUCCAACUCUGCUCAUGAUAUCCAUGCUCACUUCUCAAGACAAAAUAUUUGACCCUAUGAUAUUCUAUGACUUUUCAUAAAUUAAAUAGUGAAGGUUUCAUCACAAUGAUUUCGUUUCCUUUACUCUGACAGAAAACCAACUUUACACGAGGUGGAAAUUUGCUUUGCACUUGAGUACUGGUCUCCAAAGCAGUACUGCCACUACACAUACUUUCAUUCCACUGCAUCCAGAAACAUUGAUCACAGCAGUCUGAUGAACUACCAUUGUUCACUAAUCUGGGAUGGCAUUCAGUGGUUAAAUACAUUGUCUGAUCCCUUAAAUUUAAUGACACUAUUUUGCUAUCACUCUUUCUUUGGAUUAACAUUAACUAUGUUAACCUUGGAAGCUUUUCAUCUUGGAAAAUUAUUUCAAAAAACGGGAUGACAAAGGGUAUCUGUUGACAUUGAGAGAGGAUGUUUUGCACUUUUGCUUUAUUAACAAAUGGAUGUGAUUUUGAAAACCACAGACUGAUAUUGUCAAGAAUAUAUUUGAUUGCUUAUGGCGUCAACAAAAUUGCAGCAAAAUAAAAAAAAUUAAAAAACCAUUGGAAAUAUAUUUGUCAGUAUUUUGAGAAAUCUAACAUGCAUUUUUAUCUGACUCAUAUGCAGUGUCUUUCCUAUCUGGAUAUACAUUAAAAAGUAGUUGCAAAAUUGAACUCUGGUAAAAUUAACUCUGCCCAAAGUAUUUAUGACCACUGAAGUAUCCACAGAUGUCACAAAAUGCCACUUAAGAAAUGGUAUUUAUUGAGGAAUUUUGGAGAAGUUUAACUUUUCUGAACUCUAUAAAAUAAAGAUAAGGUUUAUUUCUAUGUUUUAUGAACAUGAGAAGAAAUUAUUGUUGAGAGAGUGUAUGAGAAUCAGUUUUAUUGCAGAUCACAAUCUCUAAUAAUUUAUCUCCUCAGACACAAGAAAAUACAAAGAGUACAUAGAAAUACUGUGACAGUCACCCCAAAUAGUUAUUCCAUUGUGUAUGAUUUACUUCUGAAACCUUUGUUAAAAUGUCUUCUAUGAGAAAAUAUUUAUCACAUCCUAAACAUAUACAUACAGGUGAAAGACUGCACCAUUGUGAUACGUGUCAAAAGAUAUUCCUUAGAAAGUAUGACUUGACUUGUCAUAAACGUGUUCAUACUGGUGAAAAACCAUAUUCUUGUGAUAUCUGCAACAAAACAUUUUCUCAGAAGGCUAAUUUAACUUAUCAUAAAUAUGUUCACACAGGAGAGAAACCAUACCACUGUGAUAUCUGUGGUAAAACAUUCUCUGUGAGUAAUAAAUUAAAGAGACACAUACGUAUUCACACAGAAGAGAAGCUAUAUCACUGUGAUAUCUGUGGUAAAUCAUUUUCUCAGAAUGGUCAUUUAACUCGUCACAUACAGAUACACACAGGAGAAAAACCAUUCCAUUGUGAUUUGUGUGGAGAAACUUUUUCACAGAGUGUUCAUUUGACUACACAUAAACGUAUUCACACUGGAGAGAAACCAUACCACUGUGAUAUAUGUGAUAAAACUUUCUCUCGGAAUAAUAUUUUAAUUAAUCAUAAACGAAUCCACACUGGAGAGAAACCAUACCACUGUGAUAUCUGUGGCAAAACAUUCACUCAAUAUAGUCAUUUAACUGACCACAACCGAAUCCAUACAGGUGAGAAACCUUACAAUUGUGAUAUCUGUGGAAAGCCAUUUUCCCGAAAUAGUAGUUUAACAAGUCACAAGAAGAUACACAAUAAACAAACAGUGAAAAGUGAAAGUUGUUGAAAGAGAUUGUCACAAUAGAAUAUUGGAUGGUUCCCAAGGAAGACAUGUUAAGCUAAAGUUUCCAGUAACAUACUGAAAAAUGUAUUUAGACAGCUUUUAUAAUGUAAUGUGGAAAAUACAUUUAGCUUAAUUAUUUAGAAUUAUGAUUACAUGAUAAAGCUAUUUACAUCUGAUCUUCCUGCAAUGAUUAGCACGUCUACCCAGAUAUUUAUUAUCUAACAUAUCUAAGUGUCAAGGUUGACUCUGGCAAGUCAUCAUUUUGUUACAUAUUGUAAUGGUAAACAAUAACAUUAUUAGACCAAGCACUGUGGCAAAAGAUAUAUAUUCAUUUUUACAUGUUUUUCACAUUUGUUUUUCCAUGCUAGGUUACAUAAAUAUAUUAUCACGGUACUGUUGUUUGGGUAAGGGAUCUUUUUCCACAAUUUCUUCAGAGGUGCAAAACAAGCAAAUAAUUUAUUAGCAGUAGAAAUGACAACCAUGUCACUGCUCAACAAUUUUCAGAGACAUGCAAGUAUAGACAAAUGAACACACAUUUUGUGUGUAUGUGUGCAUAUAUAUAUAUGUGUAUAUAUAUAUAUAAAUAUAUAUAUUAUCUGACAGGCUUCUUUCUGUUUCUGUUCAUCAAAUCCACUCGUAAAGCUUCAUUCAACCCAGGGCAAUAGUAGAAAACACUUGCCCAAGGUGCCAUGCAGAAGGACUGAACCUGAAACAGGCCAGAGGGACAGAUUUAUUUAUUAUCAAGAACAUAUUUGUGCAAAUGCACCUCCAAUGGUCAACAUAUUACAUUAUUAAAUAUCACAGAAUAUAUAUAAAUAUAUUAUAUUUCAUAUAUAAAUAUAUAUAUAUAUAUAUCAUCAUCGUUUAACGUCUGCUUUCCAUGCUAGCAUGGGUUGGACGAUUUGACUGAGGACUGGUGAACCGGAUGGCUGCACCAGGCUCCAAUCUGAUCUGGCAGAGUUUCUACAGCUGGAUGCCCUUCCUAAUGCCAACCAUUCCGAGAGUGUAGUGGGUGCUUUUAUGUGCCACCGGCACGAGGGCCAGUCACACGGUACUGGCAACGGCCACACUCAAAGUGGUGGUUUUUUACAUGCCACCUGCACAGGGGCCAGUCCAACAGCACUGGCAAUGACCUCGCUCGAAUGAUUUCCUAACGUGCCACCAACACAAAUGCCAGUAAGGCGACGCUAUAUAUAUAUAUGUAUGAAUGUACAUAUAUAUAUAUAUAUAUAUGUAUGUAUAUAUAUGUUUAUAUAUAUAUAAACACUACACACAUUUUUUUUCUGUGUUCCUUUCUGUGGAAGAGCGUAGGCUCAAAACGUUAAAGACUUUUUCAAUUCCCGAGCGUUAUACUAAUACAUCUAUUUGUUUUCUACACCACCUGUCUUCGUCUGUUGUUUUUUUGUGAAUUCUCCCUAUAUAUGUUUAUAUAUAUAUAUAUAUGUAUAUAUAUGUGUGUGUGUGUGUAUAUAUAUAUAUAUAUAUAUAUGUCUGUUUCCCAUGCUGGCAUGGGUUGGACAGUUUGACAUGAGCUGGAGAGCUGCACCAAGCUCCAAUCGUCUGCUUUAGCAUGGUUUCUAUGGCUGGAAUCCUUUCCUAAUCCCAACCACUUUGCAGAGUGGACUAGGUGCUUUUAAUAUGGUGCCAGCAUGGAUGCCUUUUAUCUGAUGCCAGCAUAGGAGGUUUUUUAUGUACCACCAGCAUGGGUGCUUUUUAGGUGACACCUGCGAGAUUGUCAAGUAGCUUGCAAGAUGAUGACAUCACAGCUGAGAGAAGUGGCUGUGUGCCAGAUAAGAGGUUGGAGUAUCAUAUAGAUAGGGACAGCUAUCUUGCUUGACUUCCCCAGUAGGACAAAAACGCAGAGGGAAGUAGACGAGAGAGUGAGAAAGAUAUUAGUGUGAGGGACGAUUAUUUAGAGAUAGCAAGUAAUGUUGAAAGGAACUUGAGGAGCUUGUGAAUUUUGCCAGUGGACAAUUUAUGUGUGAAGAAAAUGUGGGGUUAUGGGCGUAAAUGGACAUACCUGGAUGACCAUGAUUUUACUUAGCUUGACAUGUCUUCUCAAGCACAGCAAAUCCCUGAAGUCUUGGUCCCUUGUCUUCUCAGUGAGGCCUAGUAUCUGAAGAUCCUUUCCCACUACUUCAUCCCACGUCUUCAUUUAUAUAUUAUAUAUAAAUUAUUUAUAGUAUAUAUACUAUAUAUAUUUUUUAAAUUACACAUAUAUGUAUAACGGAUAUAAUUUAUAUAAAAAAUAUAUACAUAUAUAAUAUAUGCAUGUAUAUCCCUGCAGAGAAUUGAUGUAUAAAGAUCAAAAAUAAAUCUACAGAAUGUGUGUAUGUAUGUAUGUAUAUAUAUAUAUAUAUAUAUCAUCA